AGGGCAAAUAGAAUUCCUACGUAUUUCUGGGAGCUGAUGGGCAAUGUAGGGUACUAGGGAUUGAACCCAGGACCUCGUGCAUGCUAAGCAUGCGCUGUACCACUGAGCUCUCCCUGCUGCUCUGGACUUCAUCUCUCUCCCGUGAAGUGGCUCCAUCCUUUACGGCCUUUCUGGGAUUACCACGGAAGGGAGGGACCGUUCUGGAACCAAUUUCUCGGGCCUUUGCUGCCACCUAGAGGGAGCGCCGAUGUUCACCACGCUCCAGACAGGCCCUCCGGAAGGCAGGUGAGUUUGCAGGCUAUGUUCUCCACUAACCGUGGGACCGUCGGAGGCUUCUUCCUGGCAGGACGAAGUAUGGUGUGGUGGCCGAUUGGAGCCUCUCUGUUUGCCAGUAACAUCGGAAGCGGUCACUUUGUGGGGCUGGCUGGGACGGGAGCAGCUGCAGGCAUCGCCACUGGGGGCUUUGAGUGGAACGCUCUCAUUAUUGUGGUUGUGCUGGGCUGGUUGUUUGUUCCCAUUUACAUUAGGGCAGGGGUGGUGACGAUGCCAGAGUACCUGCGGAAGCGAUUUGGAGGCAAGCGAAUCCAGGUCUACCUCUCCAUUCUGUCCCUGUUGCUCUACAUUUUCACCAAGAUCUCGGCAGACAUCUUCUCUGGGGCCAUAUUCAUCAACUUGGCCUUGGGCCUGGAUCUGUACCUGGCCAUCUUUCUCUUACUGCUAAUCACUGGCCUUUACACAGUCACAGGGGGCCUCGCGGCUGUGAUUUACACGGACACCUUGCAGACGGUGAUCAUGCUGGUGGGGUCUUUAAUCCUGACUGGCUUCGCUUUUCACGAAGUGGGAGGGUAUGACGCCUUCGUGAAAAAAUACAUGAAUGCCACUCCAACUGUGGUUUCCGAUGGAAACAUCACCAUCAAGGAAGAGUGUUACACCCCGAGGGCCGACUCCUUCCACAUCUUCCGGGAUCCGCUCAAGGGAGACCUGCCAUGGCCCGGGCUCAUCUUUGGACUGUCCAUCCUUGCCCUGUGGUACUGGUGCACAGAUCAGGUCAUUGUGCAGCGCUGCCUCUCAGCCAAAAGCAUGUCACACGUGAAGGCCGGCUGCAUCAUGUGUGGGUACCUGAAGCUGCUGCCCAUGUUCCUCAUGGUGAUGCCGGGGAUGAUCAGCCGCAUCCUGUACACAGAAAAAGUUGCCUGCACCGUCCCCUCAGAAUGUGAGAAAUAUUGCGGCACCAAGGUUGGCUGUACGAACAUCGCCUACCCGACCUUGGUGGUGGAGCUCAUGCCCAAUGGACUGCGAGGCCUGAUGCUGUCGGUCAUGUUGGCCUCUCUGAUGAGCUCCCUGACCUCCAUCUUCAACAGUGCCAGCACCCUCUUCACCAUGGACAUCUACACAAAGGUCCGGAAGAGAGCGUCUGAGAAAGAGCUCAUGAUUGCAGGAAGGUUGUUCAUCCUGGUGCUGAUUGGCAUCAGCAUUGCCUGGGUGCCCAUUGUGCAGUCAGCACAAAGUGGGCAGCUCUUCGACUACAUCCAGUCCAUCACCAGUUACUUGGGACCACCCAUUGCGGCUGUCUUCCUGCUUGCUAUUUUCUGCAAGAGAGUCAAUGAGCAGGGAGCCUUCUGGGGACUGAUCAUAGGAUUUUUGAUUGGGGUGUCCCGUAUGAUAACCGAGUUUGCCUAUGGAACGGGGAGCUGCAUGGAGCCCAGCAACUGUCCCAAGAUUAUCUGUGGUGUGCACUACUUGUACUUUGCCAUCAUCCUCUUUGUCAUUUCGAUCAUCAUCAUCCUGGCUGUCUCCCUUUUCACCAAGCCCAUUCCAGAUGUGCAUCUCUACCGCCUGUGUUGGAGCCUGCGUAACAGCAAAGAGGAGCGUAUUGAUCUGGAUGCAGAAGAGGAGGACAUUCAGGAAGCCCCAGAGGAGACCAUUGAAAUAGAAGUUCCUGAGGAGAAAAAAGGAUGCUGCAGGAAGGCCUAUGACCUGUUUUGUGGCCUGGACCAGCAGAAGGGCCCCAAAAUGACAAAGGAGGAGGAGGCAGCCCUGAAGCUGAAGAUGACAGACACGUCGGAGAAGCCUCUGUGGCGGAUGGUAGUGAACAUCAACGGCAUCAUCCUGCUGGCCGUGGCUGUCUUCUGCCACGCAUAUUUUGCCUGAGUCCUGCCUUCUGCUGCAGGCUGUGCUUCUGAAGGCUGGACUCUUUACUAUCUUCCUUUAGUUACAUCCUGUGGUGCUGAAGGGCCACCAGCCGGUUGUAAAUUUUGUCUAGUUGAUAAAUGUGUACAUUUGUAAUUACAGGCUAGCUGCAGAAAAAUCAGUGAUUUGCUGUUAACUUAUAUAUUUGAGGCCAGUGUCAUACAGUCAUCUGAACGUAUCAGAGCUGCAGAAGGAAGUCCACUUAAUCCGAUGUCUAGGAAAAGGCAGAUUAAGAAGCUGAAGCCCUGUGAUGUCUGAUGCAAGUUUAUCUCAGGUAGAUUCAGCAUGUCAGCAUUGCUUGUCAUCCUUGAAUAUUGUUGAACAGUUGCGGUCUCCCUGGUUCUUGCCACUUUCCCUAUCUAACCACCCCACCUCAUCUUUUUUUAAAAGAAAAAAAAUUCCCUCCUCAUAAUAUCAUGCCAAAUUUUCCUUAGCACAAGAAAAAUGAAUCUGAUAAACUGAGAAAUACAUUGAAGCUGAGGAUGGGAGCUUGAUAGGGUCCCUGUCCUGGGUGUUUGCUUUCUGAAGGAGAGGCCUGGGGGUGGCAGUACUUACCAAAGGGAAGGAUCCAGGUGCCAGCCUCAGGCCAACAGGGAAAGCAGAUAAUCUUGAGUCAAGGGGGCUUUCUGGUUUUCUAAAAAUGUCCACUGUGAAUUUCUCAGGUUUGAGAUUUUAUUCAUUUUGGCAUUUGCUGUGCCUGGAAUGUCUUAGCCACUCAGUAGUGUUUGUGGAUCAAAUGAAUGAUAAAAGCAUUUGUUUAUAAAUGCUUGCUUUAUUUUUGGUUAACCUUUUCUUAUGGCUGCACAGAGUACACACUCUGGUGACUGUAAUGAAUUGGGCAUUUCCAGAGGCUCCUAUUCCUUAUGGUGCUGACACUGAUAUACACACAGGCUUAGAAGCUGACUCUGUGUCAUAUAACAGAGCAGAUGGGCCUCAUGGGGGCUUCUGUCAUCUCAGAGCAGCUGCAUUCUCCUGAAACGUUUAGCCCGAGAUUCUCCCCGCUGUGAGUUCACGUGACCACAGCUCUUCCUUUCUGAGGUGUCUUCUUGAUUGGUGAUCGUCCGUCAACCUAGGAUAGGGUGGGUUGUCUCUGUUCCAGGCGGCAGUGCUCAACACUUUUAUUUCUUGUGAAAUCUGUUUCUUAGAAGGAAAUUUUUAAAAUUAAAAUUAAAUUUAAUGAAUUUAAUUCUUUUAAUUCCAACUGAGAAAUAGUAAUCAUAUCGUGUAAUAUAAUCCUGUGGAAGUCAUGAUAUCAGUAUUGACUGCUUUCAGCCUAGUUUAGGAAGGAGCUAGGAUCAGAGGUUCUGUGGAGCUGAGAGUGGUUCCUUGGGUGUAAAAAUGGUUCAACAGGUAAAGAAUGGCUUGUUCUUGUGAAAAGAAAAGAAAAUAUUUGAUGUGCCCUCAUGUUCUCCUUAAGCUAGGCAGAGAAGAGGGAAAAGUAGAGAGUUUCUCAUGGCCAGCAUUACUUGGAGCACUGAGUUUUGUGUGGAAUUUGUGAUAUUUUUGAGCUUUGAGAGGAUAAAGGGAGAGGACUGAAAGCUGAUGGAUGGAGCAGGCAUGAAAUAUGAAAUAUCUAGAUUGUCCUAGGUUCUGUUUCUGACUUUGUCAAUGAUUCACUGCGUACAUGUGGUAAAUUAUUUGGUCUAUACUGUAUUUUUCUCUUUGAAAAAUGGGGACUCUGGUGCUUAUAGCAUCUACUACCUCCUCUGAGUGUAAGCAGGUACUUUGAAAAGGGGAUGGGAGAUACAUACAUGAAAGAUGCCAAACAGAUGUCAUAUUAAGCUACGGUUAGUCCCAUAUAUUAAAAUUUGUUACUUUGGUAAAAAAUAAAACCAUUAAAAAAACCCCAUAACAUCCUGAUUUCUUGCUUUCUAGAGAUUCUAGACAAAGACUGACCAUCUCUGUGGUGAGCUCUAGUUGGCACAAGAUGUGGAUUAGGUUGCAGGAGCCAGGACAGUUGAGAAUAGAAUCUAGCAACUUGAACAAUUUAACAACAUGUAGCAAAGUUUGGAGAUGAUUUCAACUUCAAACCUCUAGCAAACAUGGGGUGAGUAACUCUACUUUCAAUGCUUAAUGUCCUGUUAGAACAGACUGAACCACUUGGGUAACCAGGGCCCAGGAAGUGAUAAAUUGUACUAGAAUAAUUUCAGGGAUACAGGAAAGAGCUAUUCUUUCCCUCAAAUGGAAGGUGUUUGUUAUGGGGCAGAGUGAUUGCUUAUUAAUGCUUAGUUUAUAGAACUGAAAAACAAUACCCUAUAAGGCAAAAAAGCUUCUUUAAAUCUCUCAAAAUGAGAAGGCAUGUCUCCUUCCCUGCAGAGUGAUGUUGGUCCCGGGGCUUUUGACACCUGGGAGCAUUUCUUACUUCCAUAUAACUGAGUCAGGCAUUGAUGUACUCGUAGAAAACUUUCUACCUUUGAAAUGUACUAGAACUCACUUUUUCCUAGUACUGAAAUCACCAUUUCCUAAAAGAUCCACUACAGCUUGUUCUGCUUCACAAAAGCAAGCCUUGGGAGAAAAACAUAUGUGUGCUUAGCUGGAAGAGAGAGAUUCCUUAACAUUACCCCCAACCCAGCCCCAAAUUGGAUUGUGGUGAAGCAAGUUGUUUGAAUGAGGUGCCAUUGCCUUGGCGGGUUGGUGGGGAUGGAAUUAGGGAGAUGUGGGUAAGGUUAAUGGGGAAGCGUUGUUCUACUGGCUCUGGAGCAUCCAGGUGAGUGUUGUUCAGUCCCUGAGCCUGCACUGCACCCCUGACCCAGACGGCUUUUUCUGUCAGUGCAGCUUCUGUUCUUCUAUGAUGGCUCUUCCAAGACUCUCAGGACAUGGACGAUGCUUUCCUGAUUUGUGGUACUCCUAGCUUGAGAGAAGUUGAUCCUUGAGUGGACCUGUAUUCCUAGAUCACACUCAAAGGCCAAAUUGUCAAACUAAAUACUAGACAUUUCAGAUUGGCAAACAUUCAGAUUAGAAUGCUGCUGCUUUGCUUCUAUUUUCUGAUAUGCUGUAGUCCAGGAGUCAAGGUGCCCGAGCCCUGGGAGCAGAAGAUGCUUUGUCAUUCAUUCAUUGUUGAAAACCUGUGAUCCAGCCCAUCCAAAGGACCUGCACCACCUGCCUUUUCUUGCCCUCAUGCUCUGUAUGUUCAGUUUGUGAUUCUGUUUCUUUUUGCUGCAUGACAUCCACUUCAGAUUAUUUUUCCCACAGGAACCUAUGACUUGAAAAUCCACAAGAUACGUAACUAACUUUUCCUGUGUUAUGGGCUUAAUUGUGUUCUUUUCCCUCACCCAUUCAUUUGUUGAAGUCUAACCCCCCCAGAACUUCAGAGUGUGAUUCUAUUAGGACAUAGGGUCUCUAAAGAGAUAAUUGAAUGAAAAUGAGAUUACUAGGGUGGGCCUUUAUCCGAUAAGUGUGAUGUUUUUAUAAGAAGAGAUCAGGACUGCAGGCAUACACAGAGGGAAGACCAUGAGAAGACACAGGGAGAAGACGGGCAUCUAUAAGCCAAAAAUAGAGGCUUCAGAAGAAACAGACCCUGUUGACACCUUGACCUUAGACUUCCAGCCUCCAGAACUUAGAGAAAAUAAAUUUUUGCUGUUGAAGACA